AUGUCUGAACACACAUUAUCGGAAGUGCCCACAAGGAAAGACGAACUGCCGCCAGACUUAUUGGCGUUAAAAACAUCCAACGCCGAGAAGGGCGUCAACAUCAUUGCGCAGACCCCCAGCCGACCGUACUCUUAUCGUGAGGAUGAGACAGUGUACGACCGCUUCACAACCGCCCACAAGGCAUUGAUCACAGCCAUCGUGUCAUUUGGCGGUCUCGCCAUCAACCUGGCGGCCCUCCUAGUUCUAUCAGCCUUGCCUGAGAUAUCGGCUGCUUUCAACACAUCAGGAACCGUCAUCAACUUUUCAAAUGCCCUCUUCCUGUUGAUGAUGGGCAUUGGUGUUCUUUUUUGGGGGCCACUAUCACAGGUGUAUGGCAGAAAAUGGAUCUUUGUUACAUCGGCAGUCUUAUUCUGCGCCUUCUCGUUUGCGACUGGGGUUUCUCCCAACCUUCCAGCUUUCUUCAUCUUCCGGUCAAUCUCUGCAUUCGCUGGUACUUGUUUCCUUGUAGUCGGGUCAGCUUGCCUGAGCGAUGUGUAUCGACCGACUGAGCGCGGUACGGCCUUAGGGUGGUUCUUGGGUGGUACCCUGAUCGGCCCGGCCCUUGGGCCGUUCAUUGGAGGUGUUAUCAUAACAUACUCAACUUGGCAAACCCUUUUCUGGUUUCAGGGUGCUAUAGGGGGCGUCGCCAUGGUCUUAUCUAUUGCUUUUCUACCGGAAACUACCCAUGGCAAGUGGUCAGACGAAUUGGAGGGUUUGACGGUGAAAGAGAAGUGCGGCCAAAUUUGGGAGUGGGCGAACCCAUUCCGGGUUAUUGCUUUGUUCAAGUACCCGAAAAUCUUCAUUGUGGGAGUAGCAGCAUCUUCCUUAAUGUGGAACAUGCAAAUCCUUUUGACGCCAGUACGAUACGUUAUAAACCCCAGAUUCCAUCUUACCUCCCCGUUGCAAUCGGGGUUCUUCUUCCUCGCACCCGGCGCAGGUUAUCUCGUUGGAACUUUCUUUGGCGGCCAAUACGCCGACAGAACCGUCAGACAAUGGAUCACUAAGCGGGGAAAGCGUGUGCCCGAGGAUCGACUUCGAAGCUCAUUCGUCGCAAUGGGUGUGGUCAUUCCCGCUAGCAUCGUCAUUUAUGGAUGGGCGAUUGACCAAGCCAAAGGCGGCAUUCCUCUCCCUGUUAUCUGCAUGUUCGUGCAAGGUGUUGCUCAGAUGAUUUGCUUCCCUUCCCUCAACAGUUACUGCUUGGACGUCUUCCGCAAUAGAGCGGCAGAGGUAAUGGCUGGUAACUACUUUAUACGGUACACCAUUGCUGCUAUUGGUACAGCGGUAGUUCUCCCGGGCAUCGAUGGAAUAGGCGUGGGUUGGUUUUCGACUGUGAGUGCCCUGUUUGUUGCGGCAUCGAGCGUUGCUGUCUGCUGUAUUGUCAUUUUCGGCACAGAACGAAACAAAGCAGAAGAAAAGUCAGCACAGGCCUGA